CUUCACCUCCUCCACUGCUGCCACCUCCUUCUUCUGCCGCUCCUGGUGCUGCCUGUGCGCUCUUUGGUGCGGACCUGGUACCUCUUUUGUGAAGCGGCUGCUCAGGCGCUUGCCAUGGCCGACGAGAAACCCAAGGAAGGAGUCAAGACUGAGAACAACGAUCGUAUUAAUUUGAAGGUGGUGGGGCAGGAUGGUUCUGUGGUGCAGUUUAAGAUUAAGAGGCAUACCCCACUUAGUAAACUAAUGAAAGCUUAUUGUGAACGACAGGGUUUGUCAAUGAGGCAGAUCAGAAUCCGAUUUGACGGACAGCCAAUCAAUGAAUCAGAUACACCUGCACAGUUGGAAAUGGAGGAUGAAGAUACAAUUGACGUGUUCCGGCAGCAGACAGGAGGUGUCUUCUAAAAUAAGCACAGAGGAGCCUGCUGUUUUACUCCAGAACUCUGUUCCUGCAGACCAAGAAUACAUUCUCAAUUAGAAAACCACAAGUGGGUUCCAGCACAUCCUGACUACUACAGCUUAGUUUUCUCUCGUCUUUCAUUUCCCCCUCCCUAUUCUUUUAUUGUACAUAAAGUAACUGGUGCAUGUACACAUG